UACAACAAGCUGUUGAGGACUGUCUUUCGCCGCUUGUGUGCAAAUUAACGGAGGAACAAAUUACUGCAGCCAUCCAGCGACUGCUUAAUAUUCUACUCAGUUCGGCAGGUUAUGCGGAACGCCAUGGCGCUGCCCAUGGUCUGGCUGGUUUGGUUCGGGGUGCCGGUAUUCUUUCUCUUCGUCAGUACGGUAUCAUCGAUCGUUUAAUGAGUGCCCUCGAAGAUAAACAACGAGCUACAUAUCGGGAAAGUGAGUGGGCCCAAUGA